AUGGUAUCCUUAAAGACAGUACAAGCAUCCAACGCUGGCAUUCGUGCCCUCCCCAACAUAACUGCCCUAUUCGUUGGUGGCACCAGUGGCAUCGGCCAGAGCACCCUGCGCCAGUUGGCUCGUCACGCCGACAGCCCUACGGCCUAUAUAAUCGGUCGCAACAAGGCUCGCGCCAGUCCAUUUCUUUCUGAACUGCGGCAACUGAGUCCCAAGGGUCGCUUCCACUUUAUCGAGACGGAUGUAUCGCUAGUGCGCAAUGUCGAUGCCGCGUGCCGGCAGAUCCUCCAGCGGGAGAAGCAGCUGAACUUUCUCUUUAUGACUCCUGGGGGUAUCUCUUUGGGAGGGCGCAAUGAUACUGUUGAGGGUAUAGACUACCUCUUUGCUCUCCGCUACUAUUCCCGCAUGCGCUUUAUCCAGAAUCUCCUCCCUCUUCUUGAAUCAUCCGGACCAAGCCGUGUCGUCAGUGUCUACGGUGGCGGCUUCGAGUACUCCAUCAACACGUCCGACCUGGACCUCAAGCACAACUUCUCUUUGCUCAACGCCUACAAGCACUCCAUUACCAUGACCUCUCUGAGCAUGGAACACCUCGCCAACACCCACCCUGCCGUUAGUUUCAUUCACGUCUAUCCGGGUCUUGUCGGCACCAAUAUCUACACAAACAGCUUCCCUGCACCCAUUUCAACAUUCUACAACUACGUGAUGUGGCCGUUCAUGUGGCCCUUCUCCGUGAAUCUCAGCGAGACUGGCGAGCGACAUCUAUUCCAUCUGAGCUCUGCACGCUACCCGGCUAAACAGGGCAUCGCGUCCCAAGGAGUUUCGGUUGAGUCUGGAGAUACGGCUACAGGCACUAAUGGGGAAAUUGGGAGUGGUGCUUAUCUACUGAAUUGGAAGGGAGAGGUUAGACCGAGUACAAAAGUUCUGGCGCAGUAUCGGGAACAGGGGAUACCGAAACUGGUUUGGGGCCAUACAGAGACUCUUCUGGAUGGAGCGGUGCGUCGAUAA